CAAGUGAAACAUUUUCUUCUGCAAUAAACUAAUUAAUACGAGGACCGUUUCUCUCGUUUGCUCUUCAAGCUUUGAAACGAAAAGAAAAAGGAAAGCAAUGAAGCGUUGUUAAUGGAGGACAGAAAAGUCAACACAAUAGCCAUCGUAUCAGUGGUAACACUGAUCAUAGUGAUCAUGGUUGCUCGCAUCGCGUUGAAGCUCUCAAAGGCCUUCUUCCUCAUAUGCGGUGCUGACGUGGCCGUGAUCGUGGCCAUCUUCUCCUUCGUCCUAAUCAGAAACCGUUACAACAAACGGAGGAAGCAGUUAGAGUCACGGUUCAAGUCAGAAGGGAGAGAGCUCCGAAUAGAGUACAGCUUCUUGCGCAAAGUGGCGGGCGUCCCAACUAAAUUCCGUUACACGGAGCUCGAGGAAGCAACCGACGGUUUUCAAGCACUUCUUGGAAAAGGCUCCUCCGCAACGGUCUUCAAAGGGAUCCUCAGCGACGGAACUUCCGUUGCCGUGAAGCGAAUCGACGACGGAGCCGAAAGAGGCGAAAGAGAGUUCAGAUCAGAGGUUGCAGCCAUUGCUAGCGUUCAACACGUCAACCUCGUGCGUUUAUAUGGUUACUGCAAUGCUCCUUCUUCACCAAGGUACCUUGUUUACGAGUACAUAUCAAACGGUUCGUUAGAUUCUUGGAUUUUUCCGAAAAAGGAAAGUGACAAUAGUAGAAGAAGAGUUGGAGGGUGUUUGCCUUGGAGCUUAAGGUACAAAGUGGCAAUCGAUGUGGCGAAAGGACUUAGCUACCUCCACCAUGAUUGCAGGGCAAGGAUUCUUCACCUUGAUGUGAAGCCAGAGAAUAUACUCUUAGAUGAGGGCUACAGAGCAGUUGUGGCGGAUUUCGGGCUUUCGAAGCUGGUUGGAAAGGAUGUUAGUCAAGUUAUGACAACAUUGAGAGGAACAAGAGGGUAUUUAGCGCCUGAGUGGCUCUUGGAAAGAGGGGUUUCGGAGAAGACUGAUAUCUAUAGCUAUGGGAUGGUUUUGUUGGAGAUGAUUGGAGGGAGAAGGAAUGUUUGUAAGGUGGAAGAUCCAAAGGACAAGAGUAAGAAGAAGUUGCAGUUUUUUCCAAAGAUUGUGAAUGAGAAAGUGAGGGAAGGGAAGUUGAUGGAGAUUGUGGAUGAGAGAUUACUGGUGGAGGGGGGUGGUGGUGUUGAGGAGAGUGAGGUGGUUAGGUUGGUGAAUGUUGCAUUGUGGUGCAUACAAGAGAGGCCACGAAUGAGGCCUAGUAUGGCACAAGUUGCUGAUAUGCUUGAAGGGCGUGUCACAGUUGAGGAGCCACCAGAUAGUAGAAUGGUGCUUGUUGAUUUGAUAUCUGAAGAUGAAGAUAACCCUGCAGUGCUGGAUCACAAUCAGAAUAACAUGGCAAGGUUAUUGACAUCUAUGUCUAGUCAUGAAGAUUGUUCAUCAACCUACUCAAUGGGAACUACCACUAUUCUAUCUGGUAGAUAGUUAUUAAGCUGCAAUCAAGAAAGGCUUUAGGUAAACUUGUAUAGAAUUCCACUUCCCCAUAAUCUUAUAAAUUUUGUUAACUUUACCAGUUAAUUCACAACCUUUUCUAGUCCAAACAUAGUUUAAACUUGAGGGACUUUCUUUUUUUUUUAAUUACUUUUGGUUUAAUUUUGAUUCUAUAAAUUGAAACUUAGUUCUACAGCUUUUUUAAGUGAGAAAUUUAUAUAUAGUUAUAUACAUAGGUUAUUUCUUUUUUUCCCCAUGAAUACUUGCUUUCUCUCAUCGUGAAAUACAAUGUUCAUGAGUCAUCAGUUCCGGCAUUGUUAUUUUGUCAAUGGCUUGAAGGUUCAUUUGACCGAAUCUAUUGCCGACAGUGUCUUAUAUAGUUAUAUUUAUUAUAGAAGAACAUAUUUUUUAACCCUUGUAAAUAUAAUACCAGUAAAAUGAAUGGAACCAGUCUAUCCUUGCAAACAUGCGACUAAGAAAAAAUAGAAAUUAGGUGGUGCAACAGCCAACCGCCAUUCCGCAUUAUUUUGUUGUCCAAUUUUAAUAAGAGAUAUAUUCUAUACUACUACUUGAUAAUGACUUUUGUAUUGACUUCGUUUCGAAUAAUAAUAACAUAUCUACCAACAAACUAUAUUGAUA